GGAAGAUGGCACCUCGGCAUCGUCAACUUUCCUCUACACCUCUGGAAAUUCUACUGUUCCUCAAUGGCUGGUAUUAUGCCACAUACUUCUUGCUGGAGAUUUUCAUAUUUGUCUAUAAAGGUCUCUUGUUGCCUUAUCCAUCUGCUAAUCUGGCUUUGGACUUGGUUAUGCUUUUUCUCUAUCUUGGAAUUGAAGUCACAAGAAUAUUUUUUGGCUCCAAAGGUAACCUUUGCCAGCGGAAAGUGCCACUUGCUGUCAGUCUGGCACUAACCUUUCCAGCAGCAGUGAUGGCAGCCUAUUAUCUACUUCUGCAGACCUACGCCUUGCGUUUGGAGGCCAUUUUGAAUGCCAUCUUACUUUUCUUCUAUGCAGUUGAGCUGUUACUGGGCAUUCUAACUUUAGCCUCCUUUUCCAGUUUGGAUUCAUAUUGAGAAUCUCUGUGGAUUGCACUAUGUGAAACACUUUGUGAUUAAGGGAAAUUGCAUGAAACCAUUUCCGUGCUUAGCCCAGAAUGAAGUUGGCAAGCUGGUUUCUUGGAAAAGAUGAAAGAAGAUAUAGUUCCAGUCUUGGUUCAGGCAUGCUGAGGCGCUGUCCUGAGAGUAGAGUUGCCAGUCCUAGACUGGAUGGCCUAAGCACGUCCUCAUCAUCAUCAUCCUCGUAUCCCUCCUAGAGCAUAACAAUUGACCCACUUGGACUUGGAGGCAUUGAAGACUGAUUUUUGCAGGUCUCAAGACUGUGAAUCCGUGAGCUUCAACCAGUGCAUAGAUUUUGCCUGCAAGUGCUGUACUCUUCAGAUUCUUCAAAUGGAAACAUUCUGACACUGACUCAAGUCUUUACCAUGUGUAUGGUGACUCUUGUUAGGCUGCCUUUGUCAAUUCUGUUUGUUACAGCCUGUGCCCUGCUCUUAAGAGGGAUGUCCAUUCCCUAGAAAUCAGUAUUGUUAUUGUUGUGUAUUGGCAAUUUGUGAUUGACACUUGAUUUUUUUCUACAAUACCCUUGACAUAAAUACUUAUUUUUCAACUAUUGUAA